AUUGCUGCCUGUUUUGGAUUUGCGCUCCUAGUUCAGCUUCCCCUCAUCUGCCACCUGGCCAUCGACAAUGCGGUAAUUCCCAUGAUCUCCUGCGGAGUAAACGACAAUGCUAGGCCACCGUGGUCGGGAGUGAAUUCAUGGCUUUGGCAACUACACGCCUACAUUGACAGCAUCGUGAUCACUCAAAUUCCGUUUCUUAUUCUCGUUGUCUGUAGUUUUCAGAUUGUACGUGCAAUGCGACGUUCAGAUGGUUUCCGUCUGAAGCAGAUGAAAAAGCACAAACAGCAAAUUGCAAAGACAGAUCGCCGCAAAGAGGGCGCCUACUCCAACUCCCGUGUUUUGCGACGACUCAAACUGACCCGCGGUCUGCUAAUGGUCAUCCUCACCUUCUCUGUAAUCAUGCUGCCUCUGAGUAUACUUCAGCUUCUUUCAAUUCCCUUUCUGCGUUACCCAACCUGUGUAUGCAUGGUCAUGUUUACCACCGGCUUCUAUGUGGUGGCCCUUUGCUCCCAGAUAAACUCGACAGCAAACUUCUUUAUCUACAUUUUCUAUUGGGACAAGUACCGGAAGAUGCUAAAUCGGAUGCUGGCUUGUCAAUAUGCCAACCGAAUCGUCUCCCUUAAAAGGUCGCGUACUAACGCCAGCGAUGAUCUUCCCGCCGACGUUGGAUUGGACGCCUACAGCCUCAAGAUUUCUGAACCAACCCGCAUGACAUUAAGAAGGAGCAUAUCAAUAUAA